UUUGAAGUUUAUUUUAUAAAUUCUCGGUAUUAAAUUGUGUCGUUUUCGGUUUAGAAUUUAGUUUAGUAGUUUUAUUUGAAUUGGGUUGAUUGAAGUCCGGGUUUGGGGUGUGGUUCAACCAGAAAUUGGUUGAACCAGGUCUCGUUGAACCAAGGUCUCAAACGAGACUUGAUUCUCGUUCGAGACCAAGGUCUCAAACGAGACAGCUUCAGAAUCGUGGUAAGGCAAGAUUCUGAAGCCUUAUUUUCCGCAAAAAUCCCCCCAAAUCUCCAACUGAAACCACCACGAUUUAAAUCCUUUUUGUUUCUGAUUUAUUCACAAACCAUAGAUGUUCUCUUCCUCUAAAAAAAUCUUCAUGAAAUCUUUCGUCAAAUUUUCUGCGUAGUUCAGUGAGUUUUCAAGCUUUAAAAUUCUGUUUUGGAUACUUAUAAACGGCACCUUCGUUCAUCACUGAUUACUCCUUCGUUUCAGAUCCAAAUUCACUUCCGUUUGAUUCCUGAGAUUGUAGAUUCAUUCCUCUACGAUCCGACAUAUUAUUCUCGAAGAACGCCGUUUGAAGAUCGAAAUCAGUUUCGUUUAUUUCCCGUAAUAGUAGACUCAUUAAUCUUCGAGACCGAGUUUCGUUUUCGUAAAACGCCGUUUCUCGAUCGAAAUCAGUUCCGUUUGGUUCCCGUGGAAGUAGACUCAUUACUCUACAACUUUGCUUUUCGUCUCUCACCAAUCGACCCGUCGACUGCUCGUGCUUCGGAGUCUACGCAGGGUUAGCUGUUUGCCAAGAUCACGUGGAUAAGCAAGCAGAAUGAAUACUCGUAGGCGUGCUGCAGCUCAGGCUGAGGCUGAAGCUGAUGACGCUAUGUCGAUUGAGGUCGACCAACAUGAACCAGAGGUUCAAGUUGGCAGGGGACGUGCAGGUGGAGUUCCGGCCGGUAGAGGCCGAGCUGGCAGAGGUCGGGGUGGCAGAGGUCAGGCUGCUGGAGGUAGAGGUAGGGGACGUGGUGGUGCAGGCGUUCAGGCACCAGGUGUACCACAAGCUCCUAUCGAUCCAUUUGACUUCACGACGUUUUUGGCUGGGAUCACUGCACUCCAGAAUAAUCAAGUGCAACUGCAGGCGGGACAGAUCGCCAUGCAGAACCAGUAUGCUAUGCUGGGACAGAUUGUGCAGCAACAGGUACCACAGGCUGGUGGUGUUGCGGUUGGUGGUGCUGGAAUCACCGACAGAGACUUGGUGUUGGCUUAUCUGAGGCUGAAGCCGACUGAGUUUGCGGGCGACGGCGACGCCCUAGAUUUUCUGGAGGAGGUUGAGCGGAAUGCUCAGAGACUUCAGGCUUCUGAGAGACAGACUGUUAUGCUAGUGGAGAUGUCCUUGAAGGUGCUGCAAAUGACUGGUUUCGCAGGGAAAUUCGCGCAGUUAUGGCUACUAUUACAUGGGCGGACUUUGUGA